AGCUGGUGAGUGUUCCGUAUUGUCAUCCUGGUUUCUACAAGACGCAGGCGGCAGAAGGUCUUGCGGAUUUUCUUGUUGAGUCCACGAAUGGGCUCAUGUCCAAGGCUGUUCUUUGCGGAUCAGGAUCUGAAGCCGUCGAAGUCGCACUCAAGCUUGCGAAAACGCACUUUUCGCAUCUCGCUAUUCCUCAGACUGAGCGAAGUCACUUCAUUGCCCGUGUUGGGGCAUGGCACGGCGCUACGCUCGGUGCGCUGACACUGGGCGACUUUAAAAAUUCUUCGCGCGUAUCAGCAUGCAGUUCGUACAGAGGACAGCGCGACGGUGAAGAUGACGAGGCGUACGUUGCACGUCUCGCGCAAGAACUCGAUGAUGAGUUUUUGAGAAUUGGGCCUGAUAAGGUCUGCGCUUUUGUGGCUGAGACUGUCGGAGGGAGUGCAAGUGGUUGUGCUAUGCCGUUGAAGGGAUAUUUCCCUGCUAUGAAGGCCGUUUGCGAGAAGUACAACGCUCUUCUCAUUCUUGACGAAGUCAUGUGUGGAAUGGGUCGUACCGGUACUCUUCACGCUUGGGAGCAGGAAGAUGUCGUCCCUGAUAUCCUUGUCGUCGGAAAGGGUCUUGGGGCUGGAUACGCUCCUGUCUCAGCAGUCAUGAUCAACUCCAAGCUCGUUGAGUCGUUCCAGAAGAGCGGUAAAGGUUUUGCCCACGGUCAGACAUACAUGGCUCAUCCCCAAGCCGCCGCCGCCGCCCUAAAAGUCCAACAGAUCAUCCGCGAUGAAAACAUGCUAUCGCACGUCCGCUCAAUGGGCGCAUAUCUCGGCUCCAAGCUCAAAGAGCGCUUACUCCCCAUGCCAUAUGUCGGCGACAUCCGAGGCCGCGGCCUCUUCUGGGCCGUUGAAUUUGUGACCAACAAGAAAACCAAAACCCCCUUCCCCUACGAUCUCGGGCUCAACAGCUUGUUGCACUCACGCGGAAUGAGCGCUGGGUACGAGAUUGCACUGUUCAACGCCAAUGGAGGGUAUGAUGGGUACAGUGGAGAUCACUUCUUGAUCUGUCCGCCUUUUAUAGUGACGAAGGAGGAUGUUGAUGAGAUUGUGGAGAGGACGGCGAGGGUGGUGGAGGAUACGUUUGAGGAGUUGGGUAAUUCGGCGGUUUGGGAGAAGAUUACCCUGCAGAUGGAGAUUGAUGACGUUAAGGUUAAGCCGGUUGGGGCGAUGGUUGCUGCGUAGUGAGGGAAAAGUUCAUAGAUGGGUUGUCAUAUUUAUUUGGUAGACUUUUAAUGAUUUUGUG